AUGGAGAACAUCUGGCACCACCGGCGCGUCGCCGAGACGGCUGCAAAGGGCUGCAUGGUCUGCUACAAGCCCUCGGCCAGCGUCCUCAUCACCCCCGACAGCAAGGACUUCUUCUACAUCUGCCCUUCGCAUCUCAAGGACCGCAACUUUGCCCUGCCGACCGACGACGAAGCCAAGGCCAUUGCCGACAGGAAGAAGAAAGAAGACCUGGACCGCGAGAUUGCUGCCGUCAAGAAGGAGUUUGACGAAAAGAUGAAGAAGAAGCAGCAGCAGAAGAAGGACAAGGCCAAGGACAAGGACACCAAAGACAAGGACAAGGACGACAAGGACGAGAAGGAGCGAGACGACAAGAUCAAGGCGCUGACCGACAAGGCCGACAGCUCGUCAGCGUCAAAGACAGGCACCGACGACGGCCCGCGUGUCUUUCAGCUGCAGAAGCACUUUUACAACAUGCGACUGGAGAAGAUGCGCAAUGCCGAAGCUGCAAAGCGCCAGAGGGAACGCCUGCGCAAUCCCUCUUUGUUUCCUUCGGUACCGUCUGGCAAUCCCUGA